AUGUCAUGCAUCCUGAGAUCGAAAGAGGAAAUGAAACACUGGAUCGCAAACAAUCUUUCUAAUCCCGCAGAAACUGAGGAUGUUGUGAUUUCAAUUUUAGAGCCUGAGAAUGAAGAAGUUCAUGUUUCACCUGCAGCAACUGUGGCUAAGGAACACGACCGCCUACAUGAUGUAGAUGUUAAGAAAAAAAUUGAUCGAGAGGGAGGUGAUGAGGCAUUCAAUGGAGAUGAUUCUUGCCUAAAAGAUUUUGAUUUUACUGGUAUCAUCAGUGACGACAUUUCUUCAGGCCUUGAUCUCAAUCUAGAUGAUGAUGAUGAUUUUGGUCCUUUGUCGGGAUUCGUUAACAGGCACUUUAAAAGGGUCGAUGAAGUUGCUCAAGCAGCAACUAAGACCGGGGAUACACUCACAUGA